AUGGGACUUUUAGCUUUGGGCACGCCCUUGCCAUGGUUUGAGUCCAGGGCGUACAAUGAACACAUCAGAAAUGAGGGUAUUGAGCAGCUGUUGUACAUUUUCCAAGCCGCUGGUAAAAGGGACAAUGACCCUCUUUAUUGGGGGGAUGAGCUCGAGUAUAUGGUUGUAGAAUUUGAUGAUAGGGAUAAGAACUCUAUGCUUGACGUUUGCCAUGACAAGAUACUUACAGAGCUUAAUGUCGAAGAUUUGCCGCUCUGUGGGGCCAACGAUGUCAGUUUCCAUCCUGAAUAUGGCCGCUACAUGCUAGAAGCCACUCCGGCUUCACCGUAUAUGAAUUACGUGGGGAGUUAUGUCGAAGUGAACAUGCAACAAAGACGUGCCAUUGCAGAAUACAAGCUGUCUGAAUACGCUAGACAAGAUAACAAAAAUAAGGUACAUGUUGGUUGCAGAUCGGUACCUUUGACGCUGACUGUCUUUCCGAGGAUGGGGUGUGCCGACUUUUUAAAUAUCAAGGAUCCGUGGAAUCAUAAGAAUGCUGCUUCCAGAUCGCUGUUCCUACCCGAUGAGGUCAUUAAUAGGCAUGUCAGGUUUCCCAACCUGACAGCAUCUAUUAGAACUAGACGCGGUGAAAAAGUUUGCAUGAAUGUGCCCAUGUAUAAGGACACGGCCACUCCGGAAACGGAUGAUUCCAUCUACGACCGAGAUUGGUUUUUGCCAGAGGACAAAGAGGCCAAAUUGGCCUCUAAACCGGGAUUCAUAUACAUGGAUUCUAUGGGCUUCGGCAUGGGUUGUUCUUGUCUACAGAUAACCUUUCAGGCACCCAAUAUCAACAAGGCGCGCUAUCUAUACGACUCAUUAGUAAAUUUCGCACCGAUAAUGCUGGCCUUCUCGGCCGCUGCCCCCACUUUUAAAGGUUGGCUGGCUGACCAGGAUGUCCGUUGGAAUGUUAUUUCUGGUGCGGUGGACGACCGUACCCCAAAGGAAAGAGGUGUCGAGCCACUGCUACCUAAAUACAAUAAGAACGGGUUUGGAGGAAUUUCCAAAGAGGCUCAAGAUAAAGUCACUAAGAUACCAAAGUCAAGGUACAGUUCGGUAGAUCUCUUCCUGGGCGGAUCGAAAUUUUUCAAUAGGACUUAUAACGAUACAAACGUGCCAGUCAAUAACAAAGUAUUGAAUAGACUACUCGAAAAUGAUAAAGCUCCAUUAGAUUACGAUCUUGCUAAACAUUUCGCUCAUCUCUACAUCAGAGAUCCGGUAUCUACGUUCGAAGAACUACUGGAUCAAGACAGCAGGACAUCUUCAAACCAUUUUGAAAACAUUCAAAGUACGAACUGGCAAACGCUACGUUUUAAGCCACCUGCACAAGGAGCCAUUCCGGAGGAAAAGGAUUCUCCCGGUUGGAGAGUGGAAUUCAGGCCAUUCGAAGUUCAGCUAUUAGACUUUGAGAACGCCGCAUAUGCCGUGCUCAUGUAUCUGAUUGUCGAUAGUAUUUUGACCUUCUCUAAUGACAUUAACGCAUACGUUCAUAUGUCUGAAGUAUGGGAAAAUAUGAAGACUGCCCAUAGCAGGGAUGCUAUUUUGAAUGAAAAAUUCCACUGGAAAAAAUUGUUCCGUGGUGAAAAUGAUGUGGAGACUGAAAGUUGUUCGAUAGAUGAAAUCUUCCACAAUACAGAAAAUGGGAUUUUCCCUCAAUUUGUGACGCCAAUUCUAUGCCAAAAAGGGUUUGUAGCCAAAGAUUGGAGAGAAUUAAAACAUUCUUCCCAACACAAAAGACUAUAUUAUUACUUAAAGCUUAUUUCUGAUAGAGCAAGCGGUGUAUUGCCAACAACAGCAAAAUUCUUCAGAAAUUUUGUACUACAACAUCCGGAUUAUAAGCAUGAUUCAAAAAUCUCAAAGUUAAAUAAUUACGAUUUGCUUUCUAUGUGUGAUAGACUUACCCAUUUAGACGAUUCAAGAGGUGAGCUGACGUCCUUUCUUGGUGGUGAAAUUGCCGAGUAUAUAAAAAAUAAUAAGCCAGCGAUUGACAGUAAGGUUUAG